UGCCGAACUCACAUCGACAACUCUUAAUUAAAAACUAACAACACAAGUAGCCAGGUCCAAACACUGUACAGGAAACAAGGACGGAGUAAACAUCGAGUCAGACAAUUGGCGUUGCUGUAAUAUAAGAGCAUAUGGUAGUCAAGAAAACAAAGCGGCCCAUGGGUAAGCGGAAGAGGGCACCAGUGACAGCAGCAGCACCAGACACAGGACCAGGCUCCGUCACAGCAAAGCAGGGAGCACUGACCACCAUCUCAGCAGCAGCCAUGACAGAUCCAGUCUCUCUACUCAUGUCCCUGACUCCCUCUGGCGCAGAAACCACAUCCACGACGUCGUCCUUGCUCACUGUGAAGAGUUCCAAGGCCGUUGCUCGAAAGAAAUCGUCGCUCGCCACGGCUCAACUCAUCCGCCGGUAUCAUACUCUGAACAAGGAGCUUUCAAAAUGCCUGGCACGGAUCGAUGGCAGCAAGUAUAGCAGUUCGACUGGCUCUGAUCAGCGGAGAAGGCAAACAGCGGAUCAGACAGCCGUUGAUUUGACAAGAAUUGCAGAAAUUCGACAAGAGAUGGACGACUUGGGCGGACUGGACAUGUACCAAAAAGCAUCUACACUUGGACAGUCUAAGCAGCGCGGGGGCGACUCUAGCAAAUGGUUGAUACCGAUCCUUGAGAGCUGCCAUCCAGAAUUGAACAAGAAGGCCGGUCCUGCGUUAAAACUUUUGGAUAUCGGUGCGCUUUCACCCCACAAUUAUCAAAAGUACUCUUCAUGGAUCCACACCGUCCCUAUUGAUCUUAACCCUCAGGACCCUCUAAUCACCAAAAUGGAUUUUCUGGAGAUGCCCGUACCAACAGACAGAGAGAAGCUUUUUGAUGUGGUUUGUCUCUCGCUCGUUGUCAAUUUUGUAGGCGACCCAACCCAACGUGGGGAGAUCCUUCGUUACUCGACGCGAUUUUUGGUACCAGGUACGGGGGUCCUUUACUUGGUCCUUCCUCUGCCAUGCAUCGAAAACUCGCGAUACAUGGAUCAUGAGCUGCUCGUGAAGAUGAUGUCCUCUCUUGGAUAUACUACUUUGGUCAGCCAUCAUUUUGCGAAGAAAUUAGCCUACUACGCAUUUAGGCUGGAUAUUUCACCCGCAGAAAAGGAGCUUUCUUCAAGGGCAAAGUCAGGGACGACCCAGCCGUUAUUCCCGAAAAAGCUGCGCCAUGAUAAGCCGAACAGGAAUAAUUUCUGCGUCAUACUCGUGUAGAGCCUGUGUUUGUACUACUGUCAAUAAACUGCUUCUUGAUUACGAAGGCACAAGAGGAGCAACAUGAAAGCC